CAGGAAUCGUAAGAUUUAUAUCACCUACUCUUAAUAAUCUUAGAGCAUGGCCUUAAUGAUAAACUAUAUUCAUUUGUUUAAUUUCAAUUUAAAGAUAUUUCUCAAAAGAUAUUCUUUUAAAUAGUUAUCCUAUCAAUAUUAUAUUUAUAAAUAUCAUAAUUUUUUUAAGUUUUAAAGGUAAUCCUAUUAUGAACCAUUUUUCUAUACAGAUCGGAAAGUGUUUCAACCUUUCCCCAACUAUAUAGCACCUGUUUAUGAGUUGAUUGUUCAUAAAUUUGACGUAAAUUGCCUUAUUUAGAACCGCAGGCACUUGCUCGCAUAUAUAUCUGAGCCGCAUUAUUUGUUUUUCAUACAUUUUCCUUUCCUUUGGCUUUUCCGCUCAUUUACUCUCUAACUUUGAGAGAUUUUCCCUCGAAAUAGUUUUGGACCAGUUGAAUUUUGGCGCCCGCGUUGAUCGGUUGUGUUCAGUAAGGAAAAUCUUUCGUUUGGCUUUUGGAAAAUGUGCCGUGCAAAGGCGUGGGUUUAUUUUUAGCUAAUGUGCUGAUUUCCCCGCUCGUCGUGCUCUACAUCGGAUUGAGAAUCGACAACUGAUGAUUUAAUUGCAUAUCGCCUGGCUUUAAAGUCUUUCGAAAAUAAGGGAGAUUUCCAGAAUUGGUGGAAUCAUUGUUAUAUAAUCCAUGAAAGAUUAAAAUGCCAAGCAAAUUUCAAAGGAAACCAUCCCCCGCAGGUGGAGUUGGGGGAGGAGUCGUAGGACUGGGAGGGGCAUCGAGUAUUUCCUCUACACCGAGCAAUCAGCCCCGGAAACGGGUGAAACGAUGUUGCCGGAACUUCGUCACCUUUAUGUGUACCCAGGUGGGCGUGGGUGCUUUGAUCGUGUUUUAUGCCAUCUGUGGUGCCUUCGCCUUUAUGCACAUCGAACGGCAGUUUGCGGACGAGACCGCUGAUCAUGUGUUGCAGCUGCGCGAAAACUGCUCCCAGCAGCUGUGGGGCAUUACGGAGGAACACAACCUUAUAGAUCGGGGACGCUGGACAGAGGCAACGAAUGCGGUUCUGCAGGAAUACCAGGCACAAAUAGCCGGAGUCAUCAAACAAGGAUAUGUGGGAAGGAGUCCGGAACAAAUCUGGAGCUUUCCAGCUGCCCUUAUGUUCUGCUUAUCAGUGAUAACCAUGAUCGGCUACGGCAACAUGGUGCCCAGAACUCCAUGGGGCAAGGGGUUUACCGUAAUCUAUGCCACUUUUGGUAUACCCCUGUACAUCCUGUAUUUCUUGAACAUGGGAAGAGUGCUAGCCCGCUCGUUUAAAUUUCUCUACCGCUCAAUGCACGACUGUACGCAGGAACACCCACGUCUGGAUCGUUUGGACGCCCUUGAGGGAGGUGUCACUAUCUCACGCAAAAAGGUCAUUGUACCGUCAACCGCUUGUCUUUGGGUAAUAUUCUUCUAUGUCCUCACUGGCACUGUGAUGUUCGCCAAUUGGGAGAAGUGGAGCUUCUUGAAUAGUUUCUACUUCUGCAUGACAUCACUGUGCAAAAUUGGAUUUGGAGACUUUGUGCCAGGGGCUUCGCUGACAACCACAGCAGAUGUGAAUGCGGCGACACAAAAGCUGCAGGAGGAUAUCUCGGCCGAUCCUGCCGAGUUGGCUCAGCUGCAGUCUGUGGCCGCUGAUCAGCACUCUAAGCUGGCCAUUAACUUCGUUUACAUGCUAUUGGGCAUGGGUCUGGUGGCCAUGUGUCGCAAUCUUAUGCGUGAAGAGGUGCGCAUGAAGGCGCGCGAGAUGCGAGAAGACGCCAAACUUUGCAUGGAGGACACGCGGUUGCGCUUUGUCGGCUGCUGCGGGAAUCCUCGGGAUGCCUAUGACAACGAUUACUACUAGGAUAACCAAUAGGAAGAUGGGAGCCUUUCUGAAGCGAGUGAUUUAUUUAGUUUUUCUGCAGUUUCGGUCAGUGUUGACCCUUAAGUUAACUUUAAUUUCCAAGAACGAGGAAAGAAAAAAUGUAUUAGAACCAUCCCAUACUUAUAGUACAGAUUUUCAGAUCAGUUUUGUACUUCUGCUUAAUUUAUACCUUGGACAUAGCCGUCAAUAAGUGUAAAUACGUUAUUCGGUGUUCUUUCAAUACAAUAUUUCAGUCAUUGUUAAGAUAUUCGUAAGAAAACAAGUAAAGUGUAGUUAAUAUAGUUUAUAAAUUCUUUCGAGAAAGUUUUAAAUACCAAGUUUUGUGUGUGUGCUGUGAACUUGAUUUUGAAUUACGUUUUUCAAUACAUUACUCUGAAAAGCAAGUAAUAUCGACUGCAACGAUUUCAAUACAAUCCUGCAGCUCACCAUUGAUCAAUUCCUGCAACUGCAAGAGCGGAUCCGUAA